AUGGAGCAUUACAACCUCAACAACUCUACCAACCUCUUCUUGGAUCCCCUCUACACAUCGCUGACCCAAGAAUUGUCAUUGAAAAGUUUGAAUACAACAUCGAUGGCAUUAACAGCAGUAGGAACAACAACAGCACAACUAAAUCCACAAAACAUCGAUCAAAUGGUCGCAAUGGAAAUGAAACGAAUUCAGGAGAAUAUCGCCCGUAAGGAGCAACAGUAUGUUGAGCAAAUGUUGGUCGAAAAUCCAAUUACAUUCGAGAGACGAAACAACGUCACCGUGCUGAGAAAGACAUCGGACAGCUCAUUAUCUGAGGAACAACAACGUCUGCAACAGCAACGUGCCGAUGCCUGCCGUCGUUCCCGUUACAACAACAAAGUGAAAAAAGCCAAAUCGAAAUAUCGCCACAAAUUCAUUUCGCAGAGACUACUUCAGAGCACUCAAAUGUUGAAUUGUAUUCAGGAUUUGAUUGCCGAGGCGGAAAGUCAUUUACUCGCCCAAGGACUAAACAAAGCGAAACUUCAUCAAUUGCGUUCGAGUUAUGGCAUGGAUAUGGCAAGGAGUCUAGUCGAUGACGUCAACAAACUGGACUACCCAAUGAAAACGGAACCAUGA